UGGUGUCACGAACCCCUUGGGGACAGCGAGGGCGUGGAGGAAGCUUCCCCACGGAGGUCUCCUGCCAGCAUCGGGUUGUGGAGCCCUUCCCAGGAAGGGCUGCAUGGUAUCCAGUUCUCAUGGGAGGGGGGGCAGCAGGAGGUGCUUGUGUGCAUGGAUGUUGGGUGAGCAAGAUGUUCAGGCUUUGACAUGAGAGGGAACAAUAUUCCAAACAACACGCUGCUUCCUCUCUCUCAUUACACAUGGCAAUGAGUACAUGAGAUGCUUCAGAUGUUUUCAUCCUCAUAGUUGUAGUUUGGGGGAAGGGGAUUGUCAGGCAGGAACCAGCCCCUCUGCUCUCAAACCAGGACACCUGGGAGAGCACACAAUUCACCUCCAACACCAGGUUUUCUCCUCCGUGUGUGUUUAUGUUUGCAUUUACUCCUGCUGCAAAGCACUGGUCUGGCCACCCCAGGCUGCAGUCUGCCCAGGUCAGUGGAGGACACUGGAAGGAGCAGCUUCUUCUGGGUUUGACCUGAACCAAACGACAGUUUUGACCUUCCUCCAAACCACAGGACAGGGGACAAAUUUUCAGCUUACUAAUGUGUAGAAAAUAAUUCUGAACACCUGAGAUGCCAGCUGGGAUAUAAUUGGCUCCUACCCACCACCCCCAUCCCUCCCUCCUCAGUCAAAACUAUCACUCCCCCUAAAUCCUCACUCCUUGGUUAUAUCUAGCAGGUGUCUCCUCAUUUUUUGCAGCUGAUCAGCUUUUCCUGCUGUCUUUAAAGGGCUGCAGGGAGGCAGCAGCAGUGGUAUGUUCACCCUGAGGAGGUGGGGGAGUUUCUGGGCUAAAUGAACUGCUGCAGGAAACAAAGCUAUUCCUCUCUGAGUUUUAGGAUCAAGCCUCGGGCUUCUGCUCUGCCAGAGCAGUCUGUGGCAGGGCGGGCUGGUGCAAGGAUGGGAAGUGCAGGGGAUGAGGGGUCCUCGUGUUCACCAGCUGUGAAUUGCUUCCCCUGCUUCAGGACACAGCCUCUGCUGGUAGAUGUGUUCCCAGAGCUCAUCAAGCACGGCCGGGAGAGGAUAGAACAAACCAUCAAGGCCUCCGGCUCCAGGCUCUGCUCGUAUGCUGAACGAGUUGCUUUCUUAAUGGAUCGUUCUCGGAGCCCGGACAAAAGCACCCAGCCUCCAACACCAACUGACAACAUCAACCUUGGACCUUCUGCUAACCCAAAUGCCAAGCCAACAGACUUUGACUUCCUGAAGGUUAUUGGCAAAGGAAGCUUUGGAAAAGUUCUCCUGGCCAAGCGCAAGUGUGAUGGGACCUUUUAUGCUGUGAAAGUCUUGCAUAAGAAAACCAUCUUAAAGAAAAAAGAGCAAAACCACAUCAUGGCAGAGCGCAACGUGCUCCUGAAAAAUGUCAAGCACCCCUUCCUGGUGGGACUCCAUUACUCCUUCCAGACCUCAGAGAAGCUUUACUUUGUGCUUGACUAUGUAAAUGGGGGAGAGCUCUUCUUCCACUUGCAAAGGGAACGUUGCUUCCGUGAGCCCCGGGCCCGGUUCUAUGCUGCAGAAGUUGCUAGUGCCAUUGGGUACCUGCAUUCCUUAAACAUCAUUUACAGGGACUUAAAACCUGAGAACAUCCUCCUGGAUUGCCAGGGACACAUAGUACUGACAGACUUUGGACUCUGCAAAGAAGGAAUGGAGCAAGAGGAGACAACUUCUACUUUUUGUGGUACUCCUGAGUACUUGGCUCCUGAGGUGCUGAAGAAGCAGCCGUAUGACAGGACAGUCGACUGGUGGUGCCUGGGAGCUGUCCUCUAUGAGAUGCUCUUUGGUCUGCCUCCUUUUUAUAGCCGGGAUGUAUCUCAGAUGUAUGACAACAUUCUGCACAAGCCACUCCAGAUCCAAGGGAGCAAGACUGUGGCAGCUUGUGACAUCCUCCAGGGACUUCUCCACAAGGACCAGAAGAGCAGGCUGGGUGCCAAGACAGACUUUCUUGAGAUAAAGAACCACGUGUUCUUCAGCCCAAUUAACUGGGAUGACUUGUACCACAAGAGGAUUACUCCUCCAUUUAACCCCAAUGUGGCUGGUCCAGCUGAUCUGAGACACUUUGAUCCCGAGUUCACCCAAGAAGCCAUCUCUGCCUCCAUCACUCACACGCCUGACCUAGCAGCCAGCAGCUCCAGUGCCUCAGAUGCAUUUUUAGGAUUUUCCUAUGCACCAACUGAAGAGGACAUCUAGGUUUUAUAAAGGCUUUGAGAAGCCGGGUUUUUAACUGAAUGUGUUUUUUAUGUUUGUUCUUUCCUUUUUUUUUGUAUAGAAGUUUGGUACUGUUUGUUCAUGGUUUAAGGAAAUUGGGACUAAUACACUAACUGGCUGGAAUUGAACAGGGCUCUUAACAUUUGCUGUUUGGUGGAUUUCCUUCUAAAUGACUUGUCCUGGCAGGGAAAGUAGAACAUAUUUUUAUUUCCCCCCUGAGUGUUUAGUGCUACUUGGGAGAAUUGUAUUCACUCUGUGGUGAAUUUAUGGUUGAGGUACACACCAACCUUCACAUUAACAGACACAUCUCUCUAACUGGCCACUUGAUUUAUUCAUUUUUUUGGUGGAGCUAAGUCUGUCCAGCUCUGUCCAACUGCUUUGCCCAUAUCUCCAACAGAGAAGGAAACUCUUCACACUACCAUGAAGAGUGGCUUGUUUUCUUCAAGUUGACUGUGCCAUUUAAGCCACUCAUGGUGGACUGAGUUGGGCCUGGGAACUGUUCAUCAGUUAUUGCUCCAAAAGCAGGUCUAAAUCCUGAACUACACCCUGGCCUUUCCUUCCAGCUAGUGCCUCCCCAAGAGGAGUGGAUCACCUCUCUGGUCCAGGAUUGGGAUGCUGCUGAAGCAACAAGGAGGCUGUUACAGAGAAGCCAGCACCUGUGGGAGGCAACUCUGGAUGAAAAUGGGAGGGGGAAGAGGCUGAGCUGCUUGGCAAAAUAAAAAUAACCUUAUGGCCCAACCUGGCUUGAGGUGGGGGAUGUUUUCACAGCAUGUGCUUGACUUGGCUGAGGCACACAACACUACUUUGAGGAGCGGGAUGGGGCAGCGAGGGGAGGGAGAGUAGCAGCACCCUGCGGGGUCCAGCCCCUGCCUGGAAACACCCCUUCCCUGCUGUAGAAGUUAUUUAUUCUGCCUUAAUUUAAAUGCUGGUGUCCUCAUUGAAUGUCACUGCCUGCUUUUUCUGUGUUAUUUUGCUGUUCUGUGGCUGUGAGGAGGCAAAAAGGGGCCAAGGGCUUCUAACUGCACCAUGGGGAUCAAUGUGGGGGGGGUUUCUAAAAGCUGUGUGAUGCUCACGCUGUUGGGAAGCUUGUGCUGGAACAGUUGUUUGUUUUUUUUUAUCGUACUUUACCUUGUACAUGCUGAAAUAAUCAGAAAGAUGAUGUGGUUUUUAUUAAAGUGCAUACACUGAUGUGCUGC